AAGCAAACAAAAAGAGAACACAACAGAUAACAAGAGAGAGUAAGAAAGAGUGAGAGAGAAAGAAAUUUUUGAGCAAGAAGAAGAAGAAGAGGAGAAAAUAAGGGUUUGGUUUUGGUUUUCUGUUGUUUUUUGGGGUCGGUGUUUAUAGAUCUAUAGCUACUGGUAACUUCAGAGAUGACAACAACUCUGAAGCAAGCAUGGGAACAUGAACAGCAGCAGCAACAACAGAUUCAACUGGUUACUAAUUCUAGUAAUAAUAAUAUGAGUUACAGUGGUGGUCAAAUAGAAGACACCACCACCACCACCACCACCACCAACAACAACAUUAACAAAGAUGAAGAAACUUCAAUAGUAGCUCUUAAUGUCUUUAGAGCAAGAGAAGAAGAGAUCGAAAAGAAAAAAUUAGAAGUUAGAGAGAAAGUUACUGCUCAGUUAGGUCGUGUUGAAGAAGAAGUUAAACGUUUAGCUGGGAUCCGACAUGAACUGGAAUCACUAUCUGAUCCAAAAAGGAAAGAAGUAACUACUGUUAGGAAGAAGAUCGAUACUCUUAACAAAGAAUUAAAGCCACUUGAGAAGCUUUAUCAGAAGAAGGAGAAAGAAUACAAAGAUGCCUUGGAAUCCUUCAACCAGAAGAACAAGGAGAAAUCAGGCUUAGUUUCCAGAUUAAUGGAGUUGGUAGGGGAAAGUGAAAGAGUGAGAAUGAAGAGGUUGGAGGAGCUGGGCAAAAACAUUGAUUCUCUAUGCUAAAGAUGGAAUGGUGUUGAUCAAGAAGGCCUAGGAGAUGUGAGUUUAGGUACUGGGGUUUGUGUUAUUUGGUGUAUUUAUGUUGUUAACUUCUAUGGAAGAAAAAGAUUAUUGACUCGUGACGUUGUCAUCUUGGAUUUGUUGUGUUGUUCUCCACUUGGUGAAACUGUUUCUUUUGUGAAUCAUAUAUAUAAGAAUUUAUUUGCUUAAAACUA